CCAAGGAUGGAGUGGUUCUGGGGGUGAUGUGGGGAGAGGGUGAGGCUGGAGGGGGCCCCUCGGAGUCCGAGAUGAAGGGACUUAAUCUGAGGCAGAGAAAGGGCAAGAGGGGCUGGGCUGGAUAGAACCCGUGUACUAUACAGCUCUGAGCACUAUCUGGAGAUAGUGUGGAGGCGCAAAGCCUGACGUAGUUAGGGUUUGACACAUAUUAUUAUGACUUUUUUUUUUCCAUCGCCGGCGGUCCGAAGUGUCUUGCUGGUCGCCUUCGGUGCUGGCCGCACCAACUGGGCGGCUCAGAACUCCAUCCCAAAGUUCAGAGUUGGGCCAUGGCUCCUUUGGGUCUCCCCAGUCCACACCUGCAGGCCAGCUGAGAGGCAGGCAAGGGGAGUCUGCACAUGCAGAGGAGGGAGCUGGGUCCAGAAUGGCACCGGGACCAGUCCAGGGGCCCAUGAAGAGGGCUCUGGCCUAGGAGUCCUGGGCCGAGCUCUGCCCCAUCCUGCUGAGAGGAGACAUGAGGAAAGCUUGGAGAGAGCCCUGUAGUGAGCAGAGAGACUUCUUGUGGCCCGCCUCAUCUCUAGUUGCUCCGUGGUUUCCGGAGGACCCCUCGCUGGAGAGGCAUUUUAAGGGCCACCGAGAUGCAGUUACUUGUGUGGACUUCAGUCUCAACACGAAGCAGCUGGCCAGCGGCUCCAUGGACUCAUGCCUCAUGAUCUGGCACAUGAAGCCCCAGUCACGCGCCUACCGCUUUGCGGGCCACAAGGAUGCUGUCACCUGUGUGAACUUCUCCCCUUCGGGACACCUUCUUGCCUCAGGCUCCCGAGACAAAACUGUCCGGAUCUGGAUACCCAAUGUCAAAGGCGAGUCCACUGUGUUUCGGGCACACACGGCCACAGUGAGGAGUGUCCACUUCUGCAGUGAUGGCCAGUCUUUCGUGACAGCCUCCGAUGACAAGACAGUUAAGGUGUGGUCGACUCAUCGCCAGAAAUUCCUGUUCUCCCUAAGCCAGCACAUCAACUGGGUCCGCUGUGCCAGGUUCUCUCCCGACGGGCGGCUCAUUGUGUCUGCCAGUGAUGACAAGACUGUCAAGCUGUGGGACAAGACCAGCCGGGAGUGUGUCCACUCUUACUGUGAGCAUGGCGGCUUUGUCACCUACGUGGACUUCCACCCCAGCGGCACGUGCAUUGCUGCUGCCGGCAUGGACAACACAGUGAAGGUGUGGGACGUGCGGACGCACCGGCUCUUGCAGCACUAUCAGCUGCACAGCGCAGCGGUGAAUGCACUCUCCUUCCACCCAUCCGGAAACUACCUGCUCACGGCCUCCAGCGACUCAACCCUGAAGAUCCUGGACCUCAUGGAGGGCCGGCUGCUCUAUACUCUCCACGGGCAUCAGGGUCCAGCCACCACUGUUGCUUUUUCAAGAACGGGAGAGUAUUUUGCUUCUGGAGGUUCUGAUGAACAAGUGAUGGUUUGGAAGAGUAACUUUGAUGUUGUCGAUUAUGGAGAAGUCACAAAAGUGCACAGGCCCCCAGCCACCCUGGCCACCUCCUCCAGGAAUCUGCCAGAAGUGGAUUUCCCUGUCCCUCCAGGCAGAGGCAGGAGUCAGGAGUCGGUGCAGAGCCAGCCCCAGGAGCCCAUCAGCAUGCCCCAGACGCUGACCAGCACGUUGGAGCACAUCGUGGGCCAGCUGGACGUCCUCACCCAGACAGUCUCCAUCCUGGAGCAGCGCUUGACACUGACGGAGGACAAGCUGAAGCAGUGUCUGGAGAACCAGCAGCUAAUCAUGCAGAGAACAACACCGUGAUCAGGGGAGCGAGAAUCAAGAGCUUGGUUGAUUUUGGGGGGGUGGCAGACCGGGGACUGGUACUGUGGGACUUGGGUAAAUAAAUGAAAGGGAUUCAGCUCUGUGGGCAUCACAUUCAUCCCUGAGCCCCAGAGAUUAUGUCCCUAUCUCUGUCCUCCACCUGCUGUCUGCACCUGGAGGCUCUCCACCUGGCAGUGGGAGGCCGGCCCCCUGUGGGCAGGGCCAACACAUGCAGAAUGUACUGUGUUUGGUUUAAUGUGAAGGAGUCACCCGGAAAUGUUUGCUACCUCUACCUCGGAGUCCCAAUGAGCCCUAAGAUCGCAGCUUCCCUGCCCCCCCCAGAAGAGUCCCCUUCCUGGGGUUUGUCCAACCUUCUGUCAUAUGACUGGCUCUUCCCACCCAUAGCAAUGGACUACACAUUGGGUGGGGAGCCAGGAGUUUUCUCUAAAUCUGACAAAAGGCCCAAUGUGGGUCCAUCUGAGGUUUAUCCAGGAACAAGCACUCGAGGCGGGGAGGUGGUAGCUUUGCAGUGGCCUCGAUUUCUGCCUCACGCAUGCUCACUGGGGCCUGGUGGCUUCCUCCUCUGUAUGCACGAAGGUGAAGGAAUCUGAAAUUAAAAUGGACUUUAUUGCGCUUCUCAUAAAAGUGGCUUGUUCUGAGUGAGACCUUAUCAGUGCCUCCAUCCCCAGGGCCCAU